AGCGUGUGAAAACCGCAUUCCAAUGUCCAUAUAUGGAGUCAAGGUCGCAACCAAUUCAACUGAGCGAUCCCUCCCGAAGUGGUACAGCCCAAGUCAGCCUUGUGCGAUCGCCACCGGCCCUCAAGCUCAGAUCCACCAAUAGUGCAAGAAUACGAUGUUCCAGUGUUUGCUAAAGGCAAAGAGGAGGAGGAGGAGGAGGAGGAGGAGACACCAGGGAUGUGGUGUUGUCGUCCCUCCUCCAAGCUUGGGGGGAGAUGGGCCUCCCCGGGUCCCCAAGCUUGACGGACAUCCGUUCAGCCGUGGCCACAUACAACUUCGACUCAGAGAUUGGCAGGAGGGACCAUCGCAAUACGACCGCGGCAGCGACUACCAGUGCAUCGCCGAGAACAGCGCCGGCUCCGCGCAGGCCAGCGCCCGCCUCACCGUGCUGUGGGCCGACGGGCUCCCCGGGGCCCCCACAAUGGUGCGGGCCUAGGCGUUGUCGCCCGGCGCCAUCCAGGUGUCCUGGAAGGAACCGGAGCAGAACACACAGGACAUCAUCGGCUACGUGCUGCACAUCCGGCGGUCCUCAGGGAGAACGGGCCGGCCUGGCUGGAAGAGGGCGGUCACUUCCCCUUUAAUAGUCAGAAGAAAACGUUUGGAAUAGCCGCGAGGUCUAAGGGCCUUGAAAAGGGUCCUGGUG